GCUUCCCGGCUCCGGCCGGCCCUCGGGGGUAGCCGGCGGUCGCGGGCGUAGUGGGCCGGGCGCCGGGCUCCGGGCGCCUUUCACCUGCUGGUCGGCGGGUCUGCUGUCUAGUUGGCGAGAUGAGAGUAGCAGGUCAAGGGGAAUAACGCCUUAAGUUUUUGUCACGGUCUGAGAACAAAAACGCAAGUGGAAUUUUCAAGGGUCUCACUUUAUGGCCCGCGGUAGAGUGCCGUGGCCUCACACAGCUCACAGCAACCUCCAACUCCUGGGCUUCAGCGAUUCUCUUGCCUCAGCCUCCCGAGUAGCUGGGACUACAGGUGACAAAAAUGCUGAGCUUCUUCCGUAGAACACUUGGGCGUCGGUCAGUGCAAAAACAUGCAGAGAAGGAACGACUCCGAGAGGCACAGCGAGCUGCCACACAUAUUCCUGCAGCUGGAGACUCUAAGUCCAUCAUCACAUGUCGAGUGUCCCUUCUGGAUGGUACUGAUGUUAGUGUGGAUUUGCCGAAAAAAGCCAAAGGACAAGAGUUGUUUGAUCAGAUUAUGUACCACUUGGACCUUAUCGAAAGUGACUACUUUGGUCUGAGAUUUAUGGAUUCAGCACAAGUAGCACAUUGGUUGGAUGGAACAAAAAGCAUCAAAAAGCAAGUAAAAAUUGGUUCACCCUAUUGUCUGCAUCUUCGAGUUAAGUUUUAUUCCUCAGAACCAAAUAAUCUUCGUGAAGAGCUAACUCGAUAUUUAUUUGUUCUUCAGUUAAAACAAGAUAUUCUCAGUGGAAAAUUAGAAUGUCCCUUUGAUACAGCAGUGCAGUUGGCAGCUUAUAAUCUGCAAGCUGAACUUGGUGACUGUGAUCUUGCUGAGCAUAGUCCUGAACUUGUUACUGAGUUCAGGUUUGUGCCCACCCAGACUGAAGAGAUGGAACUGGCUAUUUUUGAGAAAUGGAGGGAAUACAGAGGUCAGACACCAGCCCAAGCUGAAACUAAUUAUCUGAAUAAAGCCAAAUGGCUAGAAAUGUAUGGGGUUGAUAUGCAUGUGGUCAAGGCUAGAGAUGGUAAUGACUAUAGUUUGGGACUAACCCCAACAGGAGUCCUUGUCUUUGAAGGAGAGACCAAAAUUGGUUUAUUUUUUUGGCCCAAGAUAACCAGAUUGGAUUUUAAGAAGAAUAAAUUAACUCUGGUGGUUGUAGAAGAUGAUGAUCAGGGCAAAGAACAGGAGCAUACAUUUGUCUUUAGACUGGAUCAUCCCAAAGCAUGCAAACAUUUAUGGAAAUGUGCUGUGGAACAUCAUGCCUUCUUCCGCCUUCGAGGCCCUGUCCAAAAGAGUUCUUAUCGAUCAGGGUUUAUUCGACUAGGAUCACGAUUUAGAUACAGUGGGAAAACUGAGUAUCAGACCACAAAAACCAAUAAAGCAAGAAGAUCAACAUCCUUUGAAAGAAGGCCCAGCAAAAGAUAUUCUCGUCGAACUCUACAAAUGAAAGCAAGUACAUGUACAGCAAAACUUGAAGAACUUGGUAUUCACAAUAAUGUCUCAAUCCAGAAUAAUGGCUCUCAACAGGCUUGGGGUGUGAGAUCUACUCUGCCUGUGAUUCCUUCUGGUGUAGUUUCUGGUCCUGUGCUGGUGGAAAUAGAGAAUCUUCCACAGAAUUCUGGAACAGACCAGCAUGACAGGAAAUGCUUGCCACUGAAUAUUGAUUUACUAGAUAGCCUAGAAGUAUUAGAAACGACCAUUGGGGAUAUAAUUGGAGCAUCUAACACUAGGGAAACUCCUCAACCACUGGAUGAAAUUAAUGUAACCACCAGGCAAGUUGGCGUAGAAGAAUCUGAAGUUGAAUAUGGGAUGUUGAAAGAUGCCUCAGAGAAAGUCAAACAGCUUGAAAUGGAGAACAGUUCUUUGCCAUCUCCUCGAUCCAACAUCAAUGUUAAUGUCAACAGCCAGGAGGAAGUGGUAAAGUUGACUAAAAAAUGUCUUAAUAAUGCCAUUGAGAGUCCAGGAUUGAAUGCUGUGAGAGUUCCUCCUGACUUUAAGAGUAACAUUUUGAAGGCUCAAGUAGAAGCGGUACAUAAGGUUACGAGAGAAGAUAGUUUAAGUCAUAAAAACGCCAACGUUCAGGAUGCUGCCACAAACAGUUCUGUGUUAAGUGAGAAUAAUAUGCCCCUCUCCGGAGAGUCUCUUGCUCUAAUGCAUACCACAUCUGCAGACAGUGGUUCUGUUCUAAAGGAAGCUACAGAUGAAUUAGAUGCCCUGCUCGCAUCUCUAACGGAGAAUCUGCUUGACCACACAAUCACACCUCAGGUAUCUUCAACAUCCAUGAUUACACCCCGGUGGAUUAUUCCACAGAGUGGUGCCAUUUCUAAUGGACUUGCUGGACAUGACGUGCUCUUAGCAGAGAAGGAGCCACAUGGUAAUAAAGAUGGAAUCUCGCUGAUCUCUCCCCCAGCACCAUUCUUGGUAGAUGCUGUGACCAGCUCUGUACCUACUUCAGCCGAAGAAGCUGUCUUGAAGCGGAAGUGUUUACUGACUACUGAGCUAUAGGGCUGCCCCUCCGCACCUGUAACUGGAAUGCCCACUGCUCUCCAGCAGUCCGUCCUGGGAUCCAUUUCCACUGGAAUGUGUUGAUUUGGGGAGCUUGUCCUUUACUUGUAGGUAAAAAAGCUCUACCUAGAUUGACUUAAACUCCAUGAAAAAAAAAGCUGCAUUUUCCGUCCAACUGGAAGUGUUUAAUCACAGCACACAUCUUUCCAAAUGAGGAUAUCUGGUCUUUAACUUUAUAUAAUUUUAUUGAAGUUGCAAAUUCCUAAAACAAGGAAAUUCCUUUUCCUUAGACUUCCUUCAGACUCUUGGCUCCACCUAGUGGUUAUAAUUCAACUAACAACUUCAUAAUGAGCAGUCUCUGGUAGUCAGCAGCUUUUUAAAUCGCCAUUUCCCUCUCUAGUGUCGCCAUUUCCCUCUCUAGUGUCGGGGUAACCAUCCUUGAUCUGAGUGCCUGUUAGAGAAACUGCACUUUACCAUACACUACCUGAAAAUCAGGAACUUAGGAAAUUGAUGUAGACACAGUAGCUAGACUUACGGCCAGCUUUUUUAUAAUGAUUACAGUACUAAAGAAGUUUUUAAAUAUCUCCCAUACUUUUGAUUUCUUAUUAGACUAUCUUAAUAUUCCAAAUUUAUAUCAAGAUAAAUCCUGAGAAGGACGACUGAGAAAUCAGUUGCUUGUCAUUUGUUUUUUUAAGCCUGCCUUCCUGCGGGAAGCACUCACAUGCACACUGCGCACAUAUUCUGUAACUUUUCAGUCUGGAAGGGGGUGGGGGUAACUGUUAAAGAGACCCUGAGGCAUUUACCCCAGGCAUCUGCACGCCUUCCUCAGCCAGGUAGGGAAUACAGGCCAUUGUGGACUCAGGCGAUAAAGGCCUAGUGCUGUAGUGCUCCACACCAGGGCCUGUUUGGACAUAGGCUUCAUUUCUUUUCAAUAUAAGGUGAAUAAAUUUAUAGCUUUCAAGCUGGAAAAAAAAAAUGAAACAAAAUAAAAACACCAGGACAGAGAUAGGGAAUAAGAGAGUGGGGGAGGGAUGAAGGAAUUUUUUUUGACUACCUACCAUGUAUGAAACUGUAUACAGUAUAACAUACUGAAAGAACUUGCCUUGUAUUGGGAUUUUGUGUUAGUUUAGGGUUCUUUAGGAUUUCUCCAUCUAUUUUGGCAUGUACAAAAAAGUUCCGAAUGUUAAACUAGUAUAUAUUCAUCAUAGAAAAAUAGAGAAAAGUAUAAAAAUAUCCACCUUAAAUUCCAAUACUCAGAAAUAACAAUUUAACUUUAAAACUUUAGAACAAAUAAGGUAAAAACCAAUUGCUGUGGGGAUAAUCUGGAAACCAUGCUGGUAAAGUCAUUGACGAUCCCUUAUUAUCUAGGACUGGCUAAGCUGUAACUCCUAGAAUUUGAUUUCUAGUUUUCUUGUGAUGUGUAUGUAAUUAAGCAUUAAUCUGUGCUGCUCAGCAUAAAAGAACAUCCAGUUUUAGGAUCUUUAAAACUCCAUGGGUUGGACUGUCUUGGUCUCCCAUAUAGCAUAAACUCAUGCUCAGGCAAACACUAGUGUCUGACAGGAAAGCUCAGGAAUUUUAAUUUUGCACUGCUUCCCAGGGGGCUGGAGAGAUUGGAAAACACUUUUGCACAAACCAUUUUUACUUAAGGAAAGAAAGUUGACACUCUUGUUGGCUUCUUCCGCUUAGCUACUGUGCUAAGCUUGUGAAUUUCAUUGGCAGAGUUCUUGCCAGUUCUUAAUUGCAGAACACAUUUUUCUCACAGUUGUAAGUGACACCUAGAACCAGGGACUUGAGCCAGAACGUGUUGCACGGGGCAUCAAAUUUCAGUGUCUUAACAACCCUAGGUGUCCUUCAAGAUUAAAGUUGUGCUGCCAGCCACAGAGCAGCUAAGGUAUUAUGGCUUGGAACCAUCUAGUUUAGGAGGUAGCACCAUCCUUAUGGAAUUAAGCAAUUAAAAAUAUUCUGCACCCACCCUUUAUGUUUUCAAAUACACUUAUAUUCUCGCCCAUCAGAAUAUAAAUAGGGACUUGGUUAAAAUUCAUUAGAAUCUCAAGCUAAAAGUAAAUUUUGUCCCUUGUCCUGAUACAAAAUGGUAAACAGUGGUUAAUACUGGAGUGCUAAAUUUGUCCUGAUGGAUUAGAUACCUAUCGAAUGUAAGCUUCAGAUCAUGCCUGCUGCUGGUGCCGUGCACAGAGCUAUGGGAACAGCUCAUCCUGCCUGCUCCCUGGGAGCAGUGGUGAUGGGGAGAGGCAGGGCUCAGGAAGUCUGUGGAUGUGGCAGGUAGGGAGGGGAGCUGUCUGUCUGUGAGAGGAGAAGCAUGUGAGCCAGUCAAGGAUGCAGGCAGAGAUGUUGGAGAAGAUAAUGGGUAAGAAGACAGGCUGGUGACAUUGGGGCAGAAGUGGGAGGAGGGGUGGCCGGGGCACUUCCUGAAUCGUGCACUUCCCUGGGAGCACUGGACAUGGUGCUGCUUGCCCUGAGGGACAGGCAUCCCAGGAGAGGAGCCCCAAAUCAGUCCAUUUUUAUAGCCCUAGUGAGGGCUAGGAGAACUGGCCUGGUGGUUUAGAGUAGGAUGUGUGAUGUUGUCAGUUAUCUGCCCAAGACUCUGCCUCAGAACCUAUAAAAUAACUAGUGAGAUCUUAUUUCUGACCAUUUAUCAGUUACAUCCCCUUUGGACAUAGAGAAAGGGCUUGUGUUCAUUUCUGCUUUUCAGGAGGCACCGCUGAAUAGAGGAAUGAUUAGAUUCCUUGUGGGCUUAUUUCUUCAAUGUUUUUACAUUGUUUUAAGAAAAAACAUCUUAUUAUUUCCUAUAGUCUACUAACAUUUUGUUUCUAGCUUUAUUUGCUUUUGCACAAUCACAGAUGUCCUGUGGACAUUUUAAGAUGAAAGCCCUGAGUAGUUCCUUGGAUCUAGACUGCUUAUUCUCUUAUGCUUCCCACUUUGGGCUAAAGCUUAUACUUCUGGUUUCCCUUAGCCAAGUCCCAAGUGAAAGUUCUACUAUUCCUUCAGAAAUCUUGCUAGCAGAAUUAUUUGGCAGUCACUUACAUAAAGAAAAACAUAAGUAAGUGUCUUGAGAAACGAAGUUUCUUCUCAUCACUCAGGGGUCACAGCCGUGUUUCUGUAAAGGACCUGAGAUAGCAGGUACUUUACCGCUCAGCUCUGCUGGGGUGGCACCAGGGUAGGACCAGCAACACACAGGCAGGGUGGCUGCAUCUUAGUAAAGUUGUACUCACAAAGCAGCCGCUAACCCCUGAUUUCAAGCUUUGCAGAGUAGUAGAAUGCUGCCUAGGAUGAGAGGCAAGCAGGUAUUCAAAUGGUUCUGCAUGUUAAUCUGUUCCUUUGAGGCACCCAGAAUUUCAGGGCAUCACAUCUCCAUUGACACAUGCAGCAGCUGGACACGGUGCGGGUGUAGGUCUCUUUGCCGUGAGAGUCUUUGGGGGCUUCCAACAAUUUUUGAUCAAUCUUCCCUGGAGCAUUUAGUUGCAUAGAAACUUAGACUCUUCUGCAUACCAAAUAAUACACAUUUUUAUAUUGUUUGUUCUUUUUUUUCCUCUCAAAUUAAACACUCUGGUUCUUCAGUGAUCAAAAGAAAGUUGAAAAGCGUUCUUACAUACUAGCCCCCAGGAUGAAGAAAUUUGUUUAGAUUAUAGCAGUUUUCCCAAGCUGUACCCUGCUGUGUUAAGGCAUUGUAGAGCUGUGAUUCUUCUCCAGUUCUAAAAGAUAGGAUCUCUGAGUCUGUAUUGUAUCACAUUGCUUGAGACGAUAAUUCAGUCACUUCUCAGGAUUUCUUCUUAUCAGAGAGGGUUUUUUUUCAAUAGCACAGAUCUUUUUGCUCUUUUUAUCUUAAUAUCUGAAUAUGAUAGAUGUUUAUGAGGACCUCACUAACUUUUUUGUUUACUUUUAUAUGUAUAAAGCUUUGCAGUAGCAUUUAGAGUGUAAUUUAUUUUUCUAUCAAGUGCUAUUCAUUUGUUGUGUUCCAGUUUUUAUAUGACUUGUAUUAGAAGCACUGCACUGAACUGUGAGUUGUUUGUACACUGAAAUGAGAACUUUAGAUGUGACCCUAUUCAAAUAAAACUUCAGUGAGACAU